AUGGCUCUCCUGUGGCUUCUGUGCUGCCUGCUCCCGCACGUCGGCCGCACGAUGUACGUGGAGGAAAGGGCUGCGCCAGAUCUUAGUACUUAUAAUUACGCGGAGGAGAGGGUUCCGCCAGAACUACACACAUAUAAUUACGUGGAAGAAAGGGUUCCGCCAGAACUACACACAUAUAAUUAUGUGGAGGAGAGGGUUCCGCCAGAACUACACACAUAUAAUGUGGACGAGACCUAUCUACGCAGGAACACCGGCGACUUAAAUCCGGAGGAGGAGGAGGAGCCCUUCGAACUGACCAACCCGGACGUCGUCGAUGGCCACAACCUCUUCGAGAAGGACAUCAUGCUGACGGAGGCGCAGUGGAAGAAGGUUCUGACGAGGAAGGGCCUGGCCGACGAGAGGCGGUACUGGCCCGAGGACGCCUCUGGGACUCCGCGCGUCCGAUACCGCUUCGCCGACACCAGCGUGGACCAGCCAGCCGUCCUCGCAGGCAUCGGGCACUGGGAGAGCCACACCUGCAUCCGGUUCGAGAUGAUCACCGACGCCAACCAACCGCACCUGAUGUUUCGGGAACUGAGUGGCUGCUGGUCCUAUGUCGGCUACCUUGGCAGCUACUUCCCUAAUGGCCAAAACAUAUCGAUUGGCCUGGGUUGUCAGUCGCUGGGCACCGUCGUCCACGAGAUCGGCCACUCGCUGGGUCUGUUCCACGAGCAGUCCCGCCCCGACCGCGACCUCUUCGUCCACGUCAACUCGGAGAACGUCCAGUCGGGGAAGCUCGGCAACUUCGAAAAGGAGUCUGACAGCGUCGUCAAUAACCGGAACGUGCCUUAUGACUUUCGUAGCGUCAUGCACUACGGUGGGAAGUUCUUCAGCAUAAACGAACACCUGACCCUGGCAACCGUGGAUCCCCUUAACCAGGAGCUCAUCGGCAAACGCACUGGCCUCACUCACAUGGACAAGUUAAUCGCCAACCGCAUGUAUCGCUGCAUCGACAAAUGGCUUCAGAAAUGUGGCUUAGAUGCUGAUCCUUGCCAGAACAACGGUUACACAGGGGAGUCCUGCACGUGCGUGUGCCCUGAAGGAACGUCGGGCACACACUGCGAGACAGACACCGGCGAUUACCACGCCUCCUAUCGAAGUCCCUGUAACGAGAUCAUCACCUCCCCAACGACCAUUAGCUCUCCUGGUUAUCCUAAUGGAUAUCUUGGUGGCUUAACGUGCGCCAAGUGGAUAAAAUCGCCAGAGAACAUGCUUCCGAAGAUAACAUUCACCGAUUUCAGGCUGACAAACUGCGACUGGAGACUGGAUCACUUAGAGAUUCGAAUCGACAAUCGUUUCGAUGGAGAUUUUUACUGCGACACUCAAAUCGCUGUCAACACCUCCUUCGUCGGGGCGACCACAGAGAUCAUCCUCAUGUUUUAUACCCGAACCAGUAUCGGCGUCGGAUGGCAAGCAGAUGUGACCUUCUUCGAUCCCUCCAUUACGACUACGACUACGACUACAACGACUACUCCAGAGCCCCCUACAACUACUACGACUACAACGACUACUCCAGAGCCCCCUACAACUACUACGACUACAACGACUACUCCAGAGCCCCCUACAACUACUACGACUACAACGACUACUCCAGAGCCCCCUACAACUACUACGACUACUACAGAGCCCCCUACAACUACUAUGACUACAACGACUACUCCAGAGCCCCCUACAACUACUACGACUACUACAGAGCCCCCUACAACUACUAUGACUACAACGACUACUCCAGAGCCCCCUACAACUACUACGACUACUCCAGAGCCCACUUCAACUACUACGACUACAACGACUACUCCAGAGCCCACUACAACUACUACGACUACUACAGAGCCCCCUACAACUACUACGACUACUCCAGAGCCCACUACAACUACUACGACUACGACUACUCCAGAACCAACUACAACUACUACGACUACAACGACUACUACAGAGCCCCCUACAACUACUACGACUACAACGACUACUCCUGAGCCCCCUACAACUACUACGACUACAACGACUACUCCAGAGCCCACUACAACUACUACGACUACUCCAGAACCUACAACUACUCCAGAGCCCCCUACAACUACUGCGACUACUCCAGAAGUAACAACUACAACAACUCCCCCCGGCAGCCCAAGUUGCACGAUUUACAGCUUCGGCGGCAAAGCAGACUGGACCUCCCCAUAUUUUGGUGUUGCCAAUUAUCCAAACAAUUUCCAGUGUGGCGUUAUGGGAUCCUAUGGUGGACCUUUGAUGACGAAGUACACGUUUAAUACUUUCCAACUGGAAGAUAAGUCGCGGAGACGAAGCGAAAUUUGUCAUGAUUACGUCGACAUCCCGAUACCUCUUAACAGAACCAUGAGGUUCUGCGGGAGCCAGACGGGGUAUCUGAACGUUCCCAACUUCCGCUUCUCCACUCAGUUCGUGUCUGACUCUUCCAUCACUGACGUCGGGUUUAACAUCAGCAUCAGUUGGGAAGUAACUGACUGCCAUCGCGUUAUUCAGCUCUCGAAGAAACACUCUAGAGGGACCAUCUCGAGCCCGAACUACCCCAAAGCAUACCCCGAUCAGGCGGCGUGCGAGUGGUGGAUUGUGGCUCCAGAAGGCAAGAAAGUGUUUCUGCAGUUCAAAGACCUUCAAGUAAGUGAUCCUGACUGUGAGGCUUUUUACAUCGCGGUUGACAAGUCUGGCAGCGGCGACUACUUUCCAGAGAACAGCGACUUGAUAUGCAGCGGCGGUAAGCAUAGCUUCAUCUCCGACGGGGAGAGCAUGAAUGUUGCAUUCUACGGAAGGGCCAUGAGCAACGCAAAGUUUUACGCCAGGUACAAGAUACAUUGAGGUACCCCGUCGUCUCCUAAGGCAGGGGGCGGUGUGUGUGUGUUUCCAUGGAAUAAAGUAGCAGGGUGUUACUAUAUCUUUUGUUCUUUAACUUGAUUAGAUUUCCAUUUGAUUUAUGGUUUUCAAUGUAAUUCCUGAGAAUAAAUGUUCAUGCAAAAAUUGUC